AUGGCAGCAUCAACAACGAACGAGAUUAAGCCAGUCGGCUCGAGUCCCGGCUCUGCAUCGGCUUAUGAUAGUAAUUCGAUGACACCCCUCGCAUACGAUCUCGUCAAUACGCCAGAGGGUAUUUCUAUCUUGGUCGACUAUCUCAGCGGACUGCCCAAUGACGCGGUCCCAUCGCAUUAUGUUGAUCUCGAAGGCGACAACCUCAGUAGGCAUGGCAUCAUAUCCAUCCUCCAGCUAUAUGUGGCUCCGAAACAACACACAUACCUCCUCGAUAUCCAUGCUCUCGGUGACAAAGCUUUCUUGACUCCGGGCGAGAGAUCAGGCAAAACAAUCAAGGGGUUCUUGGAGGACCCCAACGUAAAGAAGGUCUUCUUCGAUGUUAGAAACGACUCAGAUGCUCUGUUCCACCACUUCAGGAUUGAUCUGGACGGGAUACAAGAUCUUCAGCUUAUGGAGUUCGCCUCACGUUACAACAAGGCAGGAUUUCUCAGCGGAUUAGCAAAAUGCAUAGAGAGGAAUGCCCCAUUGACGCCCGAAGAAAUCUUCGCCUGGAGAGCUGUCAAAGUGUUGGGACACAAUCUGUUCAACCCACAGUCGGGCGGAAGUUAUGCUGUCUUCAACCAGCGACCUUUAUCUCCGGACAUUCUUCGCUACUGCAUCCAGGAUGUCAAAUACCUGCCUCGUCUCUAG